UAAAUGAAAGUUAAGUUCAUAAAGAAUAAAAGGGUACGUACUCCAAUUCAUUUUACAACUAGAAUAAAUUCAGAUGUGUGGAAAACCUAACAUAACACACCCUUUACAAGAAAUUGUUACAAGACACGAAGUAUCCACGAGGUGAGUGAAACUAUCUGAAAAAUCGAAAAACUCAAACCCAAUCCGAUAUCCAUGUCUAAAGAUGGUUGUGGGCCAAAACGAGUCGGGCCCACGCCAGGCGACUCUCCAUCGUGAAAAGUUCAGAACUGGGCCCAGGCCCACGAGCUGUCGUGUCGGGCCUUCAUGCCCAAGCCUAUUUUUUUGUUGUGCUUUCCAAAAAAUGCAGCCCAGACCCGACCUAUAACCCACGACAUCGGGCUUCGUGCUUUUUUUCGUGUCUGUGUCGGGUCAGAUUUUUUCAUGUCGAGCCCGGCCCACGGCCAUCUUUGUCCAUUUCUACGCAACAUAGCUCGCAAAUACAGAACCAACCCCACAACGUUACAAAGAGUAAGUGCAUAAAAUCAGGGGCAAAAAUACCAUACAAUAAAACUUAAAAAGUAAAUUUCUCACCUACAAAUACAAAAAAAAAUCUCACCAUACCAAAAACACCACAUUUUCUUUUCGCCCAUCUUUCUUUAUCUCUUCCAAUUUUCCUCCCAAAACACAGCAAAGAAAGAACACAACAACAACAAUGGGGUUUUUCUCCCCAAAAUUCAUCUUCUCUCUCCUCCUCCUCUCAGCCAUUCCACUUGGCAUCCUCGUCACCCUCGAAAGGGCCCCACACUCCACCCACGUGUACCAAUACCACAGCAACAGCUGGCUCAGGGAGUGUGCCAAGUGGGAUGAUCUCAACCGUCGAUUCCUCGUCUCCUACAUGGAAGGCGGAAUAGGAGAACUCAAGGUCGUCGUAUCUGAUAAUAAUGAUAAUAAUGAUGAUGUUAUAUUGGAUGAAAUCACAGCCGUUAAAGACGUUGACUUGGCUGGAAAUGCUACCGUUGGUAUUUCCAUCGACCGGUCUAGAAAUCGUCUCCUUGUUGUUUCGUCUGACUUGAUUGGAAAUCGUUAUGGUGGUCUUGCUGCAUACGAUCUUUCCUCUUGGCGUCGUUUGUUUCUCACUCACCUAAUUAGCCCUGGAGAUGAGAAAGCAUUUGCGGAUGAUGUAGCCGUUGACGAACAAGGCAAUGCAUAUGUAACCGAUGUAAGAAACAGCAAAAUUUGGAAGGUUAAUGUAGAUGGAAAGUUAUUAUCAAUAAUUAAAAGUCCACUUUUCACCCCAAAACAAUGGUACAAAAAUUUGGUAGGCCUUAAUGGGAUUGUGUACCACCCAGAUGGCUACUUGCUAGUAAUUCAUACUUUUUCCGGGAAUUUGUACAAGAUUGAUUUGAAGAACGAGGAGAAAAUCAAAUUAGUGAAAGUAAUCAAGGGAUCACUCACAUUCGGUGACGGGUUAGAGCUUUUAUCUCCGUCUAAACUCGUGGUUGCCGGGAACCCUGCAGGGCGGUUGGUGGAGAGUAGUGACGGGUGGGAGACCGCGUCGGUGGUGGGAAAAUUCUCCGGCGUGAAACACCGGUUGGCCACGGCCGCGACGGUUAAGGACGGGAAGGCCUAUUUGAGUCAUAUGAUUGGGUUAGGGUACCCUAAGAGAAAACAUGUUAUUGUGGAAGCUGUUUUUAGUUCUUAGAAAGGGAGUUUGUUUGAAUGAGGUCAUAUUGACACAUGCAUUGUUUUAGCAUAGGCUAUUUACAAAUACUUAUUUGUAGGUUCGAUUUAUUCUUUUCCGUGUGUUGUUUAUCUUUUACCGUGUAAUGCUUAAGAGGGAAAAGGUGAUUUAAGUUUAAAAAAAAAAAAAGUAAAGAAAAGAAAAGAAAGAAAAGGUAGUGUCAUUUGUGAGU